AUGGCCAUUUUGACCGCCUUCCGUGUCGCGCGAGACUCCGCGGCCGUGCCAGAUGGACCUGAUGAUGAUGGUGCGGUGCUGGUCGCCAGCGGGCCGGGGAGGGUGACCAUGGUGCUCACUGCUGGGCGCUCACAAGCGAGCACGCCGACAGGGUCAUUGAGCUGCUGGGGGAGGGAUGCCGGCAAAGUCCGCGGCGGCGACGCCGGAGUCGUCGUCGACGAGGCGUACCGGGGCAAUCAAUGGGUAUGCGGACGAGGUCAUGGACUGCGCCUUUACGCCGUCAUUACCACGGCUACCAACACGUCCAUGCUGGCCUUGGCCGAGGACAAGGAGUGCUGGGGGACCAUGAGUUUGGUGAUGCCGCCGGCGAGAUGUACUACGGGUUGA